GAUUAUUUGGGAUGUGUAGUCAUGCGCUUCAACUUUGCCAGCGUUAACGCAAAUGAAGAAACUGCAUGUCCCAGCACACUUAGCGGCACAUUGCUUCACUAGUUACACAUUGGAUGUAGUUCGCUGUACUUGGAAAUCCGUUCAUGAUUCAGUUCAUUAAUAAAUAAAUAGUUCAGUGUCAUGGCGGAAUCCGCAGCAUGUCCUGCUUUCCAGCUCGGGAGACCCCGAUACGACCAGGGUUCAUUCCUUGGUCGAUUGAGACACUUUGUGGACAUCAUUGACCCCAGCACCCUGUUUGUGUCAGAGAAACGGUUAAAAGAAAGCAUCAAACUCCUCGAUGACUACAAACAUGGCACACUUCCACCUGAAGUGUCUGAUGUUCAGCUGUGGGAAGCCCAGAAGAUCAAGCAGGCCAUCAUUCAUCCUGACACAGGAGAGAAGAUCUUCAUGCCAUUUCGAAUGUCAGGUUAUGUACCAUUUGGAACACCAAUUGUCAUUGGCCUUCUUCUCCCAAAUCAGACUGUGGUGUCUACCAUUAUAUGGCAGUGUUUGAACCAGAGUCACAAUGCCUGUGUGAACUAUGCGAACCGUAAUGCCACAAAGCCCACACCAACAUCCAAGUUUAUUCAAGGCUAUGUAGGAGCUGUGACGAGUGCCGUCUCUAUUGCAGUGGGACUGAAUGUCCUGAUUGAGAAGGCCAACAAGUUGAGUCCUGCCACCAGAAUGAUAAUACAGAGAUUUGUCCCCUUCCCAGCUGUAGCUAGUGCAAACAUCUGCAACGUGGGCCUCAUGAGACACAACGAGCUGUCUGAGGGGAUUGAUGUGCUUGACAACAACGGGAAUGUGGUGGGAUCCUCCAAAAUUGCCGCAAGACAUGCAAUCAUGGAGACUGCCUUCACACGUGUGGUCCUCCCGAUGCCAAUCUUCGUCCUGCCCCCCAUCAUUAUGUCCUACCUCGAGAGGCUGCGAUUCCUGCAGAGCAACCGCAAGUUGUUGCUGCCCAUCCACAGCGUUGUGUGCCUGGUUACCUUCGGCCUCUCCCUGCCCGUGGCCAUCAGUCUAUUCCCCCAGAUGUCUCAGAUCGAGGUGUCUCGCCUAGAGCCAGAGAUUGCCAUGGCAACAGAUUGCAAGGUGGUGACCUACAACAAAGGUUUAUGAUGGAUGGCGGCGGAGAGGGAGAGGAGAGAAAGGGGAGCCGGGACGGAAAUGAGGCUGCAGUGUGAAGAGCUGUCACGGAGCGCCAACUGUUGGGUUCCUCCUGCCGACAGGUUUGGGAACUAUGUGCUGCAUUUUUAUCACAGUAAAAAUUGUACUGUGGGUCCCAGUCCCAGUCCCAUUAGUUAAUUAUUUAAUACUGUAUAAAUAAGUGUUUGCUAUGUACGUGCUAUUCUUUGGUGGUCCACACAGGUACACUUCUUGUCACUCUCUCAUUUCUAACUUAACCUGUCUGUGACUGGGGAGCGUGUGUAGUCGUUUUUUUGUUUUUGUUGAAAAUUGCUGCAAAUCAACCAAAACAGUAAAAAUAUUACAAGAAAAAAGGGCAGCAUAUUUCUACUGUUUUUCACUUAAUUCUGUUUUGACUCUAGGGACAAAAAUUUCUAAAAUAUUAUGAAAUAUUUAAGAAAAAAACAACCCAAUGAGAUAUAUAAUAUAUAAGAGCUUACAAACGGGGAAAUCUUUGAACAUCCAGUGACGCGUUUGUCCAAAGACUGUUCUGUUUACUGCUGCCUGGAGGGGGAAAUCUGAUUUUUUCCUAAAAAAGGAACCUUAAUUUAAGUUGAAUGAUGUUUAUUCACAGUCCUUUGUCCCUAAUUACAUGCACUGUGACCAGAUUUCUGUCAUACUUUGAAGCGAUACCCUGCAAUAAUCUCCUAACUGCAGCCCUCACAUGGGAAACAGAGCUUAUAAUGCCCAUACUGAGCCAAAUACAUUAAAUAUAUCUUAUAUAUAAUCUUAUAUAACAACUUACUUACUCACUAUCAAUAACCAGUAAGUAGGAGGUUAUUAAGGGAGAAGUUCAUAUGCAGAAUAAGACAUUAAUAAGUCCUUUAUAUUGAGUAAUAAAUACCCCCAAAAUUGCCAAUUUGUAUUCUAAAAAGACACAAAGAUCAAUGCUUUUUAUUAGUUUUGUAAGUAGUAAAAAAUCCUUUAAAUCACUUAUUUAUCUUUUCUGCCUUGUUAAUUGUCUCACAGUUGCUCAGACCAAUCAGGGGACACAUUUUGAGUGUACUGACCCCAAUUUUUGAGCCAUAAUCUGCAGCGCAUUUUUUUUUUUUUUUUUUUAGUUUGAAUUAGAGAUUGGAAUUUUUAGGAUUUUCUUUUUGGCUAAAAAUAUACCAGCACCUUAUUUUAUUUAAAAAUUUUAUUUGUCACAAAAACAUUAAUAUCAUAGGAGGAGAGAUGUGUUGUGCUGGCUACUUUCCAUCUGCAGUCCCUGUGGAUGUAGGGAUAAAUAUGAAAUAAAACUACAUAUCCACUGACAGGCCUUAAGUAUUCAGAUAAGGUUCUUUAAAAACAGAAAUCUACUGAACCGUGGCGGUGACAUGUGCUGAGUGAGAUGAAUUAAGGCUGAAAAAAUGAGUUGACGUCUCUGAACUGCAGUUUCUUGUUACUGAUUGUUCAGCUUUAGCUACAAGCUGAUAAUAACCUGAUUACGGUGAUGGAAAGCAGUCAGCUGCAUACAAGCUAAACUGUUCAAUGAGAAUCAUUCUGCUGAGGGACUCUGUACUCUAGAUGUAUAUUUGUUUAUACACUUUCUAAACUGACAGUUGACACAUGCCAGAUGUUUUAACCCACAUAAUGUGAAAUAAUCUGCAGAAUUCCUAACACGUGGAAUUAGGUUUUCUUGUAUGAAGGUCAUUUUGAUCCACUACUGACUGCUGUCAGAUUACUGUUGUAUUAUUCUUUUGUACACAAUUUUAAAAAGAACCAUAACAUAUAUUACACAACUGACUGUUUUUAAUUCUUUGUGUGAUACUUCCACUGAUAUUGCUGAAAAUGUUUGCUAGCCAAUCAAUGUAAACCUGUUAUUUUACUAUAU